AUAUAACAAGAAAUAUUUCUUAUCUCUCCGACUGUUUGUAGAAACUAUUGCCAUUGAAGGUGCAUUACCGCUUAUAAUGCACACACAAGUUCAUCAGCAUCCACCGACCGUCGAAGACUGAGGAAUGCAAGGGACCGGUUUUGUAUUGUCACAGACACACUAGUGUGCUGUGUGGUUAACAGUGUAUAAUUGAAUCCGUUGUCACAUCGAGGGAAUAAUUAACAGAAAACGCUACGCAUGAUGUCCAUACACCUGAAACGGCUGCUGCUGGUGCUUCUAACGGUUGCUGCUACCGUCGUUCAAAGCCGGAUAGUCGCAGAUCAUGCUGGAUCAAACUCGUUAUCCACUGAGAGUACCGCAACAGCACCAGUCGCCGUCGGCGAAGAAAAUCCGUCCGAUACUCGUGAGCCGAUCGCUAGCUCGACGAGUACUACGUCCACCACCAUACCCAAUACGACUACCACGUCUACGGAACCCACAACGACACCGUCCAUAACGUCUUCAACAUCAACCACUACGACGACGACGACGACGACAACAACCACGGAAGCCACGACUUCCACAACAACAACAUCAACCAGCACCACUUCAACGACGACCGUCCCAACAACUACCACGACCUUGGUUCCGCCCACCAAUGAGCUUGGCUGUUACAAUGCGGCACCCGACCUGUGCCACAAUCUAACCAAGGAGUGCGAAUGCAAUCAGGAUCCCCUGAUCCCGGGUGCCCUGUACUGCUGCAACGUGACCGACAUCAACAAGGCGAUCGCCUGUGUCCCGAACGCUACCACUUGGCGGUACAUGCACAUGCGAAACGUCACCGUCCGGGAGCUGGUACUGAACGUUUCCAUCAAGUACAUCAAGCAAUUGCUGUCGCUCUCGUUCACGGAUGGCUCGAUACAGAAGAUAAGCAGUUCGUUUGCACGCUUUUCUUCGCCGGUGUGUCUGAACAUUUCGAACAACAACAUCAGCGAGAUCGAACCCCGGGCGUUCCGGGAGCUGCGCAAUCUGACUUCAUUGGACAUAUCCCACAACAAUCUGUCGGCGAUUCCAUCCAUGGUAACCAAUUUAACGCUGGAUAUCAGAGGCAACCGAGGAAUGCUGUGCAAAUCCCUUCUCGAAUCGCUUAAGGAAGGAAUCCAAUUUACCGACGAACCAUCAACCUUCUGCCUCACGAAUCGUACCUUCAAUUGGUUCGAUUCAACGGACUUCAUCCCGCUACCCCAGCUCCUGCUGAGUCAACGAAUUCAGAACGACUGUCCGUCGAGGUGCAGCUGCGCCCUGGAAAGGCUCAAUUUCGAUUUGAACAACACCGAUAGGAAAACGUUCACCACUCAGGUCGACUGCUCCGGACUAGCACUGGUGGACUUCCCCGAACAUCUGCCACCCGAUACGGUCACACUGAACGUGUCCAGCAACAAUAUUACCAGCCUGAAGGCCCUGAUUGGGAAAUCAUACAGCACCCUGCAGCGCCUGUACGCCGAUGACAACCAAAUCACCUCGCUGAGCGAUCUCGAAGGAACGGACUUCAUCUCCCGGUUCACGUUUUUCUCGAUCCGCCGGAACAAGCUGAAAACGAUCCAAACCUAUCAGUUCAAGUCCAACCUGGACCUCGGUUCGUACAUGUUCCUCGAAGGGAAUCCGAUGACGUGUGAUUGCAAUGCGGCCAAGAAUCUGAAAAAUUGGCUGCUCAGCAAGAAAGCCCAAGUGCUGGACCACGAUCUCAUCUACUGCGAAGGAAACACGCAUCUGACCAAGAUCGUCCAGAUCCAGGAGAGCAAACUGUGCCAAUCGCAGCACGAUUGGACCGACUACAUCUACUAUCUGAUAGCGACGGAGAUCAUACUGCUAAUUGCGCUGAUCGGGAAGGUGUCCUACGACUACUGGGUGUUCAAAACGGCCGGCUAUCUGCCGUGGCCAGCGAACAAAAUGCCCAAACUACCAUGUGACUGUCUGUGCGAGUAAGUCUAU